AUGUUUGUGCUUGAUAUAGACCCAUACACUAUUAUAGCUUCAAGCUUUCUUAUUCUAUUUUUUCAAAAGCUUAUAUCUCUUAUAGGCAAGGCCAGAAUAAGAAACUUUAUAUGGCAUCUCUAUAUAAAUUAUCUAUCUCAGAGCAAAUCUAUAAAGCAGUACAACUCGGUGCAAUUGGAGAUUAGACAGUUGUCAAGACAGCAGAAGCUCACUAGUGCCCUGGACGAGUAUGCCAAAUGGACCAAAUUGAACCGUAGUUUGGAUAAAUUGAAGUUGGAAGCGCAACAAUUGAAUGAAACGAUUAGUGGUGAAAAAACUCGUGUUGAUCAAUUGACUAAUUUGUUGAUAACCUUGAUGGUUACUUUGCCCAUUUGGAUUUUGAGAAUUUUUUGUAGGAAAGUUCCUUUGUUUUACUUGAGAAAGGGGAUAUUACCGUAUUAUCUUGAAUGGGCCUUGGCCUUGCCGUUUUUCAAAACCGGUACUAUUGGGCUAACUUGUUGGAUAUUUGUCGCAAACUCAGUAUUGAGCAAUUUGUUAGUAUUGAUCACUUUCCCAUUUGAACCCAGCGUUGCUAAACCCGUUAAACCAAAGGAAAAUAUCGAGGAGAAAAAUGUUGAAGAAUUGAAGGAGAGAGGAGGAGGAGGAGGAGGAGGAGGAGAAGAAGAAGAAAAAAAUAAGAUGAUAUAA